UGAUACUUCAGAACAAAAUACCAUGAUCCUUUUCUUUGGUCAGCAAUGUUUUUAGGCUGAGCUCAUAUUUCAGUGUUAGGAAUGUAAAUUACAAUAUAUUAUGAUAACAUUAUUUUCUUAAAAUCAUAUCUGGUAUAGUUGAUAAGUGGUAGGUCUCUUGUAAAGGCUGAACUAUAACAAGUCCAACAGGCUUACCAAGUUUACACUGACAGUCUUGAAUUCUUUGUACAACCAUGAUAAGCAUCCAGAGAAUGCUUGAAGGAAAGGCCCUGUUCAUAACUUUCUUACUACAAUCAGCAGCACAAUGUCAGCUAACCCACUGGGUUCAUCUUACAAAAGAAAACCAGAGCUGUUUGAUCUCCUUAUUUUUUUCUGAUUUAAUCACCUUUACAUCUGCAAUUGAUCGACUAUAAUGGCAUCAUAUAUUUUAAAUCUGUUGGUAUCUUUUCAUUUGAAAAUUGUAUCUUUUACAGCAACAGCCUUGUACCAAGUGGGUGGUUUUUGAUAUAUAGUAGUACUUUUCCUAUGGGAUGGCAAAUACACAACCAUGUUGCAGGUAACGGACAUGGUUUUGAACUGAAUAUGCCACUUAGAAUCAUAUCACUUAGAUGACCUAGUUGAAGAGCAGUUGCACAAUCUCACCUGAUGUUCAGAGGGAGGUAGGAAAGAAUGUGGAAAAUGAAUUGCUUUAUAUCUGGUGCUUUUUCUCAUUCUGUUCCUCUGUUUCAUUCUUUUCUCAGACUUGGUAUGUAAACUUUUAAUGCAUGCAAUUUUCUUAUAAAAUGGAAAUAGUUAAAAUUAAAGUAGAAAUUGCAUGAAUACUUGUAGUCCUUGACUUACAACCAUUAGUUUAACAACCGAAGUUACCAUGGCACUUGAAAAAGUGACUUGCAACCCCUCACUUAUGACUGUCACAGCCAUGGUCAUGUGAUCAAAAUUUGGGCUCUUGCAGCUGGUAUUAUUUACAGCAAUGCUGCAUCACAGAGUCAUGUGAUUGGCAUUUGUGACCUUCCCAGCCAGUUUUUGACUAGCAAAAUCAAUGGGGGAAGCCAGAUUUAUUCAAUGGUUGAAUGAUUCACUUAACAAUUGCAGUGAUUUGCUUAACAACAGUGGCAAAAAAAAAAAGCUCAUAAAAUUGGGUGCGACUCACUUAACCACCUUGCUUGGCAAUGGAAAUUCUGUUCCCAAUUGUGGUCAUAAGUCGAGGACUACCUGUAAAUAGAUUCCUCUUUCUGCUUCCGAAAUCUUUUUCUGGUAAUAACUUUCUUCUUUUCUUUCUUUCUAGUCAUGCUAUCUCCUAUGCUGUAUCCAGUUCCAUUCAAGACUAUACUACAGUACUUGUCUUGGUUCAUGUUGUACCUGUGAGGGAACGAAAAGAUGGUACAAGCUUCACUCCAAACCAGGGAAGAAGGAAAAAGAGCGGGGUGAGAUUGAAGUGGAUAUCCAGUUCAUGAGGAGCAACAUGACAGCCAGUAUGUUUGAUCUGUCCAUGAAGGAUAAGCCUCGGACUCCCUUUAGCAAACUGAAAAACAAAUUAAAAGGGAAAAGGGGCAACGGAUUGCCAGACACGGCUUCAGCCAUUAUUCCUAGCAUUACUCACUCUCCAGCUGACAGUGAAGAAGAGUCAAAUGAGAAGGAGAAGAAAAAAUCAAAAUUCAAGACACUGUUCUCUAAACCUGGUUUGCAUAAAAGCAAUAUUUCCCAGUCCAUGUCUGUGCUACCCACACUCCAGCCUGUUUCAGAGAGAGUUCGACUUCGACCCAGUGACUUUCAAUCACAGUGGAGUGAUGAUGAAGAUGAUGACACUUUGACAACAGUCUCUGAGAAGCCCUCUGCAAACAGAACCAACAAUAAUGUACUUGGUCCCCCUUCUGUCAUGACCCACAAGAGAACUGGUAGUGGAGACUCCAAGCAAUUAAACCAAAUAAUUGCUGGCAGUGCCAAGAAGGAUAUGCAUUCUUUAUUUGGCCUCAGAUCCAAAAAUGACCCAGUUUCCAGGUCCAAUCUGUGUAUCAAUGGUAGCCAUGUUUACAUGGAAGAAAAUGAAUCAAAGAGCGACCUCGUUUCAAAAGAAGGCACUCCAUCUUCUCCUCAGACAUCCCAGCGAAAACGCCUCUUUUUGUCUCAGGAAAACCUCUCUUUCGAACACGACAAGGAGCUUGAAAACUCUGCAAGGUUGGCCCUUGAUAAAUUGCCAUCUGGGUCGUUGGAAUCCUUUAAAGCCAUGACUCUGCCAUCGUAUAAAUUGCUUGCUGGUGGAGAUUUAGUAGAAAAUAACACUCAAUUCGUUUCAGACACUCCAAAAGAAACCAAGGAGAUCAAAAAACAGGAGAACAAGAAGUCUGGCUUGCUGUCUCUUGUGACAGGGAAAAAAGAAACAAAAACCAGUGAGGAGUUGGGGAACACUGAAAGUUCCCUGAAAGCGAAGGAAGUAAAGCGUAAUGAAAAAGAAUUGGCCAGAAAAGAGACAAACCCUUCUGAGCUCCCUGUGGAUGGCAAAAGGGGCCAUGGCCCACCUAAGAGUAAUGCCAUAGAUGUUGUCAUUGCAAAGACAUCAACAAACCCUUUCAGUGAAAACAUUGUGGAAGGAGAGAAACCAGAAAAGAAUGCCGCUUCUGUGAAACCUUCUCAGACGAAACCUGUCAAACCCAGAUUGGGCGUGUCUUCAGAGGAUGAAACCAAAGCCACCUCUUUUCCUCCUGUUCCUCUUCCUCCUACUUGCUAUCCUUCAAAUAAUGAAAAUAAUCCUUUUACUUCUAAAUUUGAUGUAGAACAGAAAACUCGGGAAGUUGGUACGUUUGAUAGCUCAAAGAAUGUUUCUGUUAAUAAUCCGUUCACUACAAAAUGGAUGCAGGAUUCUAGAAACCUGGAAUGCUCUGCAGUUUCUAUCUGCCUUCCUUCAACUUCUGGCCGUGAAAAUAAUCCCUUCACUCCUAAAUGCGGACAAGAAUUUCAGGAGAUGGAAACCUCUUCCUUAUAUUCUCUACAUUCUGCAGCUUCCAUUACUGAAACUCAUACUAUUCCUUCUCAGCUUUCUAACAUUAAUGAUCCCUUUGUAAUCAAAGUAGGACAGGAAUCUGAAAGAAUUAAAAGUCCUCCCACAUCUAUAAAUUCUGUUUCUUUAACCGGAAACAUUGAUAAUUCCAAGUACACUGAUGUUUCUUCAGAAAAGUUUCAAAAUGAAAACUUAACUGUUCAAACAGAUACUAUAUCCAACUUCUCUGGCUCUCUAUCUGAGAGUCUUCCACCACAGUCUUCUGACCUAGUUAGAGUGAACCAAAAAGCCUCAUAUGACAAAGUGCAUAUAGUACUGCCUUUUAAAGAAAAUAAUGGGAUGAAAAAGUCGGUAGCCUUUGCCCUCGAUGAAUCGAAAGUGGAUGUAAUAAGUAGUCAUAAUGACCGUGCAGAUGAAGAUUCAUUUGAGGUAAAUGAAAAUAAAGAAACACUAAAUUCAUUUGAAAAGAAUAGCGUCCAGGUAAUUGAAUUAAACAUAGAAAAUAGUUGUGGCUCUAAGCCUGAUGAAGAAGACAUAAUUUCUGUUCAUACUAGUGGGAACCCCUUAGAGAAAGAAGUUGAAUCUGGCUUCUCUAAAAAGGAGCCACUGGUACCAAUUGCAAGAGUCCUCAUUCCUCUGCAAAGCAAAAUGUCAGUUCCUGAACAGAGUGACAAAACACAUACUGUGCCACCAAAACCAGCACCAAGAAAUGGUUUGAAAGUGAAAAAAUGUGUACCUCUAUCUGAUGAACCAAAAGGAGAAGAUGUAUCAAGCCAGUCAUCUGUUCUCAAAGAGGUUUCUUCAGACAAUUCAACCUUUAGUGAAAAGUCAAGCCAUAUUUGCUCAUUAACUUCAGAAAUGGCUGUCCUUCCUCAUAGAUAUGAUAAUGGUAAUACAGAUCCAUCUCAAAGUAUUAAGGAUGACUCUAACCACAUGAUGAGAACAUCACUUGGGAUUUCAGGUCCCGGAGAGCUGAAUGUAAAGCCCAUUACUCUUCCUGUUAUUCCAGAAGUAGCUUCAGAUGAUGAGCAAUUAGGUGAUUAUCAGCAGAAUCCUGUAAGUGUGACAUUAAGUGAAGAUUUGUCAAGAAAUGAAGAGGGCUUUAUGAACUUGUGGGCUUCUGCUGAGAGGACAGAUCUGACAUCAACUAAGAAAGCUAUUGGAGAGACUGUAUCAGGUCUCAUGCAAAUGAGUAAUUUUGGCAAUUCAUCCAACAGAUUGUUGAAGGAUCCAGCCAACAAUGUACAUAAAAAUCCAAAUCAUAACCUAACAGGCAUAGAAAAGGAGUGUGGAGAGCACUCUACCAAAGAUAGGCAGGAUGAUUGUCCCGAGUCUUCUGCUAAGCCUGUUUCUCUUUACCCUCUGUCUGGUUCUUCUCAGUCUUGCUCUGUUAGUUCUUUCCAGUCUGAUUCUCACGGCUUUAAUAAAGCAGAAUCUCCAAAAAAGGCUACAGCAGAAGAAUUGGAUGCCAAAGUGGAAAGCUCUGGCAGGAAGAAGCUGCUGCAGGCAUGGGUUUCACCCUCUGAAACACAUCCUAAUCCUGGUGGAAAUUCUGCCAAACUCAGACUUCAUCCUGUGAAGCCAAUGAAUGCUACAACUAACCAACCAUCUGCAAAAACCUUGAGCAUAAAUACUAAGAUGCUGGAUAAUCAAACUGAAAUCAAUCUAAAGAAAUAUGACCGUUCAGAUCCUGCCUAUGCUUAUGCUCAGUUAACUCAUGAUGAACUGAUCCAACUGGUCUUGAAACAAAAAGAUAUUCUUGCCAAGCGAGAUGUCCAGGUACGAGAACUGGAAGACUAUAUAGAUAACUUACUUGUUAGAGUCAUGGAAGCAACCCCCAACAUUCUUCGAAUUGAAGUCCACCCCAAAAAGAAAGCUGGAAAGAUGUAAAAUGACUCCUCAACCUGUAUGAAGACCUUUCUUAGUCAAACUUAAGGAAUAGAGAAUGUGAAAUGAAAUAAUUGUUGCUUUAGCAAAACAAAGGUUAUUUAUUUCUUUGGGUAAAAUUGCUUUUCUUGUCUUAGAGACUGGCUAGAUAUAAACCAAAAUGACAAUCUAUCUUUACUCUUCCAAUACAAAGCACAUAUUUUGCUUCUCUGUUUAUGAUUAAAAGUUUGAGCUUAUGAAACUUCAAGAGAGCUAUGUGAAUCAGUUUUUUACUGUGAAUAAUAUUGUAUCUGGAGCCUUUAUACAGAAUUUUAUGUAAAGUUGAAAAACAUUUGCCACAGUUUUCAAAUUUCUGUGGGUAAUCCUAAAUUUUUGUGCAAUAUAUACAAUCUUAUCCUAAGCAAUCUCAUGCUAAUUCACUGAAAACACUGGAAUAUCAAGUCCCUCAUUUUAAUUAGCUGGAAAAUGAAAAUAUUACUGGAAAACUGGAUGCCUUUGAAAUCAUCAUUGUGACUUUCACAGGUUCUUAUCAAUUGGGGCUUAUGCUGUGGAUGUUUACAGUGGAUUGUGUACUGAGCUACUUGCGUUAUUCAUUUGGGGACCAUAGGUAGAAAAAAAUUAUAUAGUAACAGCUGGUGAACAAACAUUGCUUGCUUGUGUUUUCUACAUUGAAAUGGCAAGUGAAUAAGAACAUGCAAAACUGCAGUUCAGCACUGAGUUUUAUAAUCUCUAAUUAUGAUUGGUUUGGGGUCCAUUGUAUUUGAUUUGGAUUGGGACAAACUGGUUAAUAGCACUAGAGCUAUUGCUCAGUUGUAGGUGAUGAUUUAUAAAUAGAGAUUAAAGCAGGGAUAAGUAACCUUGGGUUUUAAAAAGAACAAAACUCCAGAAGAAGUAUUAGGUUGUUAUUCCUCUAUGACUUUAGAAAUGUGGAUAUAACUGGAAUGUUCCCAGACUUUUAAGUUUGAAAGUACAUAUUCACACGAUUCUUAAUUGGCCAUGAAUAUUGACUGAGCUUGCUUUUUAGUCACCUCUUCUUUGUUCAGAAAUUGAUUUGUUUUUCUUCCUUCCCUUUUACUCAAUAAAGUGUUCCCAGAAUGUCUUCCAAUUUGUGAAUACCCACACAAAAAUUCCUCUAACAAGGUUCUUUUCAGAAAAUCUAAGAACAUUGGUGUACUUAAGUCCUUUUAGAAUAACAAUCUACAUAGGCUAGUACAAUUACUUCUGUCAGGAAGGGUCAGAUAGUUUUGGGGUUCCAGAAGUUUCUCUUGAGUUCUUCCAGAUUCUGUAUUUUUCAGAGAGAUAAUUGCCUGUGAUGGUUAUUAUGGGUGAAAAUAAAGAUAAAAUUGUAGACUUUCAGAAUCCGUAACUGAUGAGCAAGCAGUUAGAAAUCUUUUAGGUAAUUUUUGCUAAGGUGAAGAAAAGGCAUUCUUUCUCAUCAGAUGCCAUGGCAAAUGUAUCUGCAAUUCUUGAACACUUUCCCCUUUUUCUAUGCAGUGAAACUUUGGGUUAAACUUUGCUGAGCAAAGUCUCCAUGUAUAAACUCUUGUAAUUCCAAGCAUUUAUUUGCUAUGCCCAGAGCUGUAUAUGCAAUAUUGUCAGUUAACUCAAGUUUUCCUUUCUCCUUAAGAAUAUCUAUCCUAUGUUUGAAAUGAACAAACCUGAAUAUCUGAUAAAUUGCUCAAAUCUCAGAAUAUUAAUUGAUACUUAAAUUCCAUUUUAUUUGAUCAAGAAAACUAAACAGGGCACUGUUGAUGUGAGACAGUCUGAGGGAGUUAACAGCAGCAAUUUUGUACAUUGAGGCAUUCGUUUUGGAAAUCUGGAAGCUUUGUUUGAGCUGUGUUUCUGAUAUAAAGGUUUUGAAUUGUCAAGCUUUUCCACAGUUAACUUCUCUUUCCCCAGAGGUAGAGAAAUGUAGCCUGAUCUAUUUGUUGCAGUAAUUACUGGAAUACAUAUGAGAUCUACAUUAUCUUUACACAAUAGAUAGCCUAUAUUGUUUCUGAUAAAAGACUAAGGGGAAAUGUUCACAUUUUCAACAUACAGUUUAUGCAAAGUUUAUAUAAGAGAUAAAACUUCCUUUUUCCUGUGAAAAUAAUAGUAUGUGGUAAAGAGGGAAGAAUAAAUACAGAACUUUUAAAUCUUGCGAACUUUUUAAAUGGAAAGUUAAAGAGGUUUUUAAUUUUAAAGCAGGACAAUGGUUACACGGGUGAGAUGUGCCUUGAAAGAAAGAAUGCAUACUCCAGAUCUAGUAAUAUUUUAUUCUGGAUGUAGUGGGAAAACCACAUUUUCUAUGUGUAUUUUAAAACUUACUCUGAACUGGGCAUCUUCCUUUUUAUGAUUUACAACAAAUCCAUUGUUGUGUUAUUAGAGAUUAUUUAAUCUAUCUUUAAAUUCUGUUUUAAAAGGUAGAAACUACAUGUAGAGAUUAGCAAGGUAUUUUGCAGAAUUACACAAAUCUAUGCACGUUUAUGUUCUAGCCACUCAAAUCUACUACUGAUUCAAAAUUGUUAGCAAUCACAGCUAGCUGAUUAAAUACAGGUACCUGCAGCAAUCCAAGUAUUAUUUAGUGACAUUGAAGAAUUAACUUAAUCAUUUGCUAUAGCUGUUGUUUAUUAUCUUCCUAUGCACUUUAAUGAAGGAUCUGUUUGGCACUGAACAGUUCUUCAGUCCUCUUAUUAUACUUAGUCACCACACUGGAUUAUAAUGUAAGUUUGUCAGCUACAUUUAGUAACCAGUGUACUUGCCACUUUAUAAUCUGGCAAUCACCAAAGAGCAAAAUAGCUUAGGCGGCUACGGUACUCAUGUUUUGAGAAGAAAUAUAGUUUGUAUGACUUACAAACUACAUGCAUCACAAACUACAUCAAUGCAUUCAUAACCUAAUUACAUAUUUUAAGGUUUGGUACGAAAUGAGUAAUAUAUUUGAAUGUCAGAUUCUGAGGGAGGAGGAGAUCAUACUCUGUUGUUGCCAUAAACUGAGUGUGAAAUUUGUUGAAUAGAUAUGUCUGCCUCUUCCUAUGCAGUAUAAUUCUAAUUCUGAGGAACUAUAAAAAGUUUCUUUUUGCCUCAUUUGUUUGGUAGAGUUAGAAGCAGCAUUUUGGAUUUUUCCACAGAAAAGAGCAGUGAUUUGGCAUAUUGAAGGCAGUAUGAUAUUGUGAAAUUGCUGGUACUGAAAUGUAUAACAGUACAUAUUUUAUAGGUAGAAGAAAAAAUUUGGAGGGUGUUUUAAAGUCUGGCUAUUUCCCUCUGCUGGUUGUAGCAUAAUACAAUAUGCUUUUAUGAAAGGCAUGCAGAAAUUUGUAUUCUGUGUCUGAUUCCAGAAUAUCAAAUAGCUGCUUUAACACCAUGUUCCCUAGGAAUAAAUUUCUGAAAUAGACUGGAAUAUAUUCUAAACAUGCCCGCUAAUAAAAUGGCAGGUAUCAAAACAAACAAAAAAGAAACAAAAUUCGUGCUGGACAAAUUUUGAGCAGAUUGAGAAAAUCCAAAUUUAGAAUCCUUAAAACAGUGAAUUUUAAUAUAAAUUCCAGUAAGAUAGCAUAGUUAAUGGUCAUUGUUGAAAAUUAUGGGAAUUGCAAUUUCAGGAGCUUGCUAAAUUUUCCAACCUGAAACAGGCUGUCUGCAGUUCCAAUAAUUGGAAAGGUCCAUUUUGUGUUUAGAAUGUUCCAUAAUAAACUUUUGUACAAAGUUGAUCUCAACACACACAAAGAACACUAAAUUGGGGAUAGUUUUAAGUCAUAACUGUAUGUAUUUAAUGGGUUUUAAGCCGGGCAGUUUCACAUAUUGUGUAACCUAGUAUGAAGGAGUUACAUCUGGGCCCAGUUGUUGCUAACUUUGUCUUCAUGCCUUAUAUAUCACUCAAUAUAUAAUGUAGAAAUAAUAGUGCCUUAAAAUCAGUAUUUUACUGAACGAUUUAAAUAUAAUCAGUUCAUGUAAAUUCUUAAGUUUUAAUAAAAUGGUUAUGCAAUGAAUAGUUUGUGUCCCUCUGUAUAUUUAACAUAGAAGGAUUUAAAUGUAUGUUUAUGCUUUGUUACAGUUGGUACAUUGCCUGAUGGUUUUUAUACAAAAACCUUCAGCCUUAUGAAAUGUUAAAAUAAAGUUAUUUAAAGUUAAACAAA